AUGUCUUCCCUAUUUUGCUGCAGCUCCAUUGAGCCCUAUCGCUCUCAGUACCUCUCUCACCAAUCCAAGUUCAACAACUUCAUGGCAUGGGCAUCUUUCCCCAAGGACUCUUCACCUGGAGAAGCCAACAUGUCCAAAAUUACUCCACCCUUUGCGGUGCAGCUUGUUCGACAAGUCAACUUUGGCCCCCUUGAAUCGAAGAGAUACUUCAUCCCAACUGAUGCUACUGAGGAUAAUUUCGUCGAAAUCACUGAGAAUGAUUUAAUCCAAGCUAAUUUCCAGAAAGUCAACACAUACAAGAACUACAGGUGUCGAGGCCACAACAAGUUCUUCGAGGUAAACAUCUACCAGAAUAACCCCGUAAAUGAACAUCACUGGCGUGCCAAUAUUGCUCGACCAGCAGGUUCCAUUGAUCUUUGA